CCCCUGGCCCCUGAUCCCUGGCAUCUUAAAGUGCUCCCCAAGUUCCCAUUGCUGCAAUCUGGGACCACAAUGUGCUUGGCGAGCCACCCCACCUUACCCAUCAAAGAUGCUGCAUCAGGCACCCUCUGCACAUGGGCUGGGCAAGGGCGAGAAACUGGAGAGAUAGAUGGUGCAUGAGGCACCCCAUCCUCACCUGGAGGUCCCAAGUUUUCUGGAGGAGGGGAAGAUGGGGGAGCAGGUUGGUCAAGCACAGCAGUAGGCAUGGGGAGGGUAUUGGGGAGCUAGGCAGUACUGGCGUGGAUCUGCUGGGUGCUUUCUAUUUGGUCUCACUGCAUCCUUAUAGCAACUCUGGGGGAUAAGCCAUGCUACUCCUGUUUCACAGCAGAAGAGACAGAAAGCUCAGACUGAGUAACUAUCCUGCACCAGAGCUCCAUGGGCUCUUGACAUUUCUCCUGGAGCACUAUGGCCAGAGGGCAGCAAGGUUGCAGUCAGCGUUUGGAAGCAUUGUUACACUAAACUUGGAGUAUUGAAAAAGAAGUGGAGCUGUUUAAGUGUAUAAGGGCUGAAGAAGAUGCAGAGCAGCCUGAAACUGGUGGACUGCGUCGUCGAGGUCCACGACGCCCGGAUCCCACUUUCAGGCCGCAACCCUCUGUUUCAGGAGACCCUUGGACUAAAGCCUCACUUGCUGGUCCUCAAUAAGAUGGACUUGGCAGACCUCACAGAGCAGCGGAAAAUUCAGCAGCACUUAGCAGGAGAAGGCCUAAAACAUGUCAUUUUUACAAACUGCAUAAAGGAUGAGAACAUCAAGCAGAUAAUCCCAAAGGUCAUAGAACUGGUUGGGAGCAGCUACCGCUACCACCGGUCAGAGAACCUGGACUACUGCAUCCUGGUGGUUGGCGUUCCCAACGUGGGCAAGUCCUCCCUCAUCAACUCCCUGAGGAGACAGCACCUCAGGACAGGAAAAGCUGCCAGGGUGGGUGGUGAGCCUGGGAUCACCAGAGCUGUGAUGUCCAGAGUCCAGGUGUGUGAACGGCCUCUGAUAUUCCUGAUGGACACCCCUGGGGUGCUAGCUCCUCGGAUUGGAAGUGUGGAGACGGGCCUGAAGCUGGCCCUGUGUGGAACUGUGCUGGACCACCUGGUCGGGGAGGAGACCAUGGCCGACUACCUCCUCUACACUCUUAACCGACACCAGCUGUUUGGGUACGUGCAGCACUAUGGCCUGGACGGCGCCUCUGACGACAUUGAGCAUGUGCUGAAGAGAGUGGCCAUGCGGCUGCGGAAGACCCGGAAGGUGAAAGUGCUUACAGGCACCGGGGAUGUGAACGUCGUCCAGCCCAACUACUCUGCGGCAGCCCAGGACUUCCUCCGGACCUUCCGCAGUGGGCUGUUUGGCCCGGUGAUGCUGGACCGUGAUGUUCUGCAGGACGGCCCCCCUGCCGACACAGACUCGGCGCCUACUGCGUGGCAGAUGGCUUCCCGGACCUCAAGUGGACAGAGCGUUUGAGGCUUACGACUUCCCACUUUUUUCCAGAAGCAACCACGCUGGUCCCUUUGAUUCAGGGCCCCACUUUCCCACUCACGGUGGCCUGGCCAGCCCUAUGGAGCAGGCCUGCGUGACUGGCCUGGUGAGGCGGUUCCUGUUUAGUGUCUCUAGGGAGAGGCUAAUGCUGUCUUGAGGAGCUAAAGCUGUAAUCUGUAAUGUUUAGAGUUCUGGAUGAAAAGA